UUAUCAGAUGAGACUAUUUCUCAGUAUCAAAACAAAACCAUGAACAGUGAUCUGACCCCUUCUGCAGCUGCUCAGCUGUGCUACGAGAACUUAAAUGGAUCUUGUGUCAAAGCGCCCUACUCCACAGGCCCCCGCCUGCUUCUCUACCUGGUGUUCGGCUCCGGGGCUGCGCUGGCUGUCUUUGGAAACCUGCUGGUGAUGACUUCCAUUCUCCACUUCAAGCAGCUCCACUCCCCAGCCAACUUUCUGAUCGCCUCUCUGGCCUGUGCUGACUUCUUGGUGGGGACGACUGUGAUGCCCUUCAGCAUGGUCAGGUCUGUGGAGAGCUGCUGGUACUUUGGGGACAGUUUCUGUAAAUUCCACUCUUGUUUUGAUAUAUUAUUCUGUUAUUCUUCUAUCUUCCACUUGUGCUUUAUCUCCAUUGAUAGAUACAUCGCUGUCACUGACCCUCUGGUUUAUCCGACCAGAUUCACUCUUUCUGUGUCUGGCAUGUGUAUCGCUUUCUCCUGGCUGCUUGCUCUUGUCUAUAGCUUUUCUGUUUUUUACACAGGGGCAAAUGAAGCUGGGCUGGAGGAACUAGUGAGCGCCCUCACCUGUGUGGGAGGCUGUCAGAUCACAGUCAAUCAAAGCUGGGUCUUGGUCAGUUUUUUCCUAUUUUUCACUCCUACACUUGUGAUGAUAAGUGUUUACUUUAAGAUUUUCCUGAUAGCUAAGCAACAGGCUAGGAAAAUUGAAAGUCUGAGCAGUAAGACUGCUAAAUCAUCAGACAGCUACAAAGACAGGGUGGCCAGGAGGGAGAGAAAAGCAGCCACAACCCUGGGAGUCGCCGUGAUAGCUUUUCUGAUCUCAUGGUUGCCGUACUACAUCGAUUCCAUCAUCGAUGCCUUCCUGGGUUUCAUCACACCCACAUACGUGUAUGAAAUACUAGUUUGGAUUGCUUACUACAACUCAGCGAUGAAUCCUUUGAUUUAUGCUUUCUUUUACCCUUGGUUUCGAAAAGCUAUCAAACUAACUGUUACUGGCAGAGUGUUGAGAGAGAAUUCCUCCAAAAUAAACUUGUUUUCUGAGUAG